AUGAAAGACUCUACUCCCCGUUGUGAAGACGUAGCCGACAAAUUAGUGAGGCUGUUCGGCUGGAGACAGACUUACCCGGUGCAGAAACUUCAGAGAAAUCUACUACCUAAGACGGGUCCUGAAACAUGGGUAGGUGUGAGGGCUCUACGCGCCAGUUCUGGCGGCAUUCUGGAUCCAGACGACCGCGUGUGCGAUGUGGCGGAUGACCGAGAAACACUGACGGCUGAAUGCACGAGCCAGACACCGCAGCCAAGAGCGGCGCAAGCCGAUGGUGCCAGCGGCUCUUCGGCUGGCACCGCUUCACCGGAUAUGUUCCGAGGUGGUGGCAGCGUGGGCGGCAGCAUUCGGGUCGGCACCACGGAGUCGUGCGUGGAGGUGGGGGCGGGGGAGCUGGAGGACGGCGCCAGCGGGCUGCAGGUGCGGCGCGGCAGCGAGCCCACGCUGCAGGACACGAUGCCGCAGCAGAGACAGGUGUCCGAUCAAACGAAGCGCUGGUCGGCUGCGGUGGUGUGCCGCGACGACAGCUCUCGCGUCACGCAGAAAGUGCAUCCGCUGCCUGACGCCGGCCAGGAGCGCUACGCGCACGGACAACACUUUCAACGUCAAUCCAAUCGACUGUCCAUGCAGUUCUCGGGACCUGGAAGUGGUGUUUGGUUAGAUGCGGCUGAACGAGUACAAAUAUACGGCAGCAAAAGUCUUCCUCGGGAUGCUAGAAGGGAACCUCUAGGACAGGAUACCCCUGAAGAUACCCACCAAAGUCACAGAGUUGAGGAUAUGCUCCGAUGGGUAUCGGGAGUCAAUAAUGUCACAAGCGUGCCUUCGGUACAAGAACGUCCGUUAGAUCUUCUCGAUGAAGUAGGCAGCAGCGAGCGUGCAAUAUCAGGACUAGAAGUACCAGUGAGUCCAAGUAGUAAGCCAGCAAGUGGCGCGACGCAAACCGUGGCCGUGACCUUAGUGAAGGGAGAAAAAGGCCUCGGAUUCACCAUUACUACGAGAGACAACCCUACCGGUGGACACUGUCCAAUCUACAUAAAAAAUAUUUUGCCCAAGGGAGCAGCAGUAACAGAUGGACGUCUGAGAGCUGGCGAUAGAUUAGUGUCCGUUAACAACGUCUCGGUAUCAGGCCUUACGCAGCAACAAGUAGUCACGUUGCUACGAAAUACGCCCACCGACUCCACUGUGGAUAUUGUGGUUGAAAGGAGCGUGCCAAACAGGACACAGAGGGUAGAGCCUCAACAGAGUCCAAACAAAUAUGCAGAAAAAGCUAUAGGAUCUACGAACAAUGUAAAUACAAAAUCGGUUGAUGUUAACAACCAGCCCGAGAAUGGCCGUGUGUCGAGCAUGGUUAAUGCCAUCAACUAUAAUCAAAGCAAUAAUGGUUCUACGAGGGGGCGGAUACCAAAAAGCUCUUCCAAAGAUGACCUUCUAAAUAAAGACCAGGAUUUAGACUCGCCUGUACAAAAGGCUUUAAAUUCGUCUUCCAAUUCUAUACCAGGACUCCGUAAUCGUCUAAUACUUCAACUAGACGUUCCUGUUCACGAUUCUGAGAAAGCUGGGCUUGGUAUCAGCGUGAAAGGGAAAGUCACAGUGGGCUCAGAUCCUCAGGAUUUAGGAAUAUUUAUCAAGUCUGUAUUGCACGGCGGCGCAGCAUCACGAGAUGGAAGGUUGCACACGAACGACCAGCUGGUGAGCGUGAACGGCGUGUCGCUGGUAGGGCAGAGCAACGCGCAGGCCAUGGACACGCUGCGGCGCGCUCUGCUGCACGCGCGGCCCGCCCGCAGCGGCCGUAUCUCGCUUACCGUCGCGCGCCGUACCGGUACGUACCGUCGCAUACUGCGUACACACCGUACACACGCACCGCACCGCACCGCACGUACCGUCGGUGGGGCAGAGCAACGCGCAGGCCAUGGACACGCUGCGGCGUGCGCUGCUACACGCGCGGCCCUACCGCAACGACCGCAUCUCGCUCACCGUCGCGCGCCGUAUCGGUACGUACCGUCGCAUACUGCGUACACACCGUACACACGUACCGCACCGCACCGCACGUACCGCCGGUGGGGCAGAGCAACGCGCAGGCCAUGGACACGCUGCGGCGUGCGCUGCUACACGCACGGCCCUACCGCAACGGCCGCAUCUCGCUCACCGUCGCGCGCCGUAUCGGUACGUACCGUCGCAUACUGCGUACACACCGGACCCACGCACCGCACCGCACCGCACGUACCGCCGGUGGGGCAGAGCAACGCGCAGGCCAUGGACACGCUGCGGCGUGCGCUGCUACACGCGCGGCCCUACCGCAACGGCCGCAUCUCGCUCACCGUCGCGCGCCGUAUCGGUACGUACCGUCGCAUACUGCGUACACACCGUACACACGCACCGCACCGCACCGCACGUACCGCCGGUGGGGCAGAGCAACGCGCAGGCCAUGGACACGCUGCGGCGUGCGCUGCUACACGCACGGCCCUACCGCAACGGCCGCAUCUCGCUCACCGUCGCGCGCCGUAUCGGUACGUACCGUCGCAUACUGCGUACACACCGUACACACGCACCGCACCGCACGUACCGCCGGUGGGGCAGAGCAACGCGCAGGCCAUGGACACGCUGCGGCGUGCGCUGCUACACGCGCGGCCCUACCGCAACGGCCGCAUCUCGCUCACCGUCGCGCGCCGUAUCGGUACGUACCGUCGCAUACUGCGUACACACCGUACACACGUACCGCACCGCACCGCACGUACCGCCGGUGGGGCAGAGCAACGCGCAGGCCAUGGACACGCUACGGCGUGCGCUGCUACACGCACGGCCCUACCGCAACGGCCGCAUCUCGCUCACCGUCGCGCGCCGUAUCGGUACGUACCGUCGCAUACUGCGUACACACCGUACACACGCACCGCACCGCACCGCACGUACCGCCGGUGGGGCAGAGCAACGCGCAGGCCAUGGACACGCUGCGGCGUGCGCUGCUACACGCGCGGCCCUACCGCAACGGCCGCAUCUCGCUCACCGUCGCGCGCCGUAUCGGUACGUACCGUCGCAUACUGCGUACACACCGUACACACGCACCGCACCGCACCGCACGUACCGCCGGUGGGGCAGAGCAACGCGCAGGCCAUGGACACGCUACGGCGUGCGCUGCUACACGCACGGCCCUACCGCAACGGCCGCAUCUCGCUCACCGUCGCGCGCCGUAUCGACAGCAUGGACAGCCUCGCCCGGUGGAAGGACGACACUCCGCCCAACGGCAACGACACCACCAAUUCAAAUGAUAACAGCAACUCGCAGAAUUUUAAUACGAUUAUAUAUAAUGCAGCCGAUAAAGAAAAUAAGCCAGAUUACACACAGAAGUUCGAAGUUAACCAAAAAGAAGUAGGCAUCGAGUCAUCGACGGAAGAACUAAACGUAGGCCAUGUUCAUAUGGCGCGGUCACCACCAGCCCACCAUAAUGUUAUUAUAGAAGAGGAUUAUGGGACGACGAGGGGCGGCGAGUCAGGCAGCGAGUGCGGCGCGGCGGGCGCGGGCUUCAGCCGCGACGCGGUGGGCCGCCGCUCCAUGUCGGAGAAGCGCCACGCCGCGCUCGACGCCAAGCAGACCGGCACCUACAAGAAGAUCAAGGAGACCAAGGCCGUCAGCGCUAUGCAAGUUGGACCGUCGUUAGGGAUGCGAAAAUCUUCGAGUUUAGAAUCUCUACAAACAGCCAUACAAGAAACUCAAAAAAAUCCACGCAGUGAGCCCUUGUAUGCUCGAGCACAUCCACCGCUAAAACAUUGGUUAACGGAUGAUAAUAACGCUCCUGAGCAUAUCAUAAGAGGAUCGCCCCAACAGUCGUCUCUAUCACAUAAAAAACCAUCACUAUUGAAAUCAUUAUCAACUAUGUUCAGAAUUGGCAAACCUCACAAGAAAAACGAAAAUGAAGGGUAUGGAAGAUCGCAGCCUGGACGAUCUUCGGAAAAAUCUCUUUCAAGAGAAGCACUCGAGAGGCACAAUAGAAUAGACGAGAGGAUAGAAGAUUCUAUACCACCUCCACCUCAGAGAGAGGAAUCCAGCCGGUCGCGACAGAGCAGUAGUGAACGCGGCUCGCGGUCCGACAAGCGAGCGCACGCGCCGCCCUACCGCGCCCCGCCCGCGCGCACCGCGCCCGCACACCACGCACACGCAGUAGACUCAGCGUGGGGUCCUUCCGGUCUUUAUGUAAAUUACGAAGAAAUUCAAAACUUUAACGCACGUCGUGAGAAACUGAGCGAAGUGCAAAUUGGACAAAUGAGGUUACAGAUGAACGCACAGAGAGCAAAGGCUGAAGAGGAGAGUCGUCGGGGCGUACCGGGUGGCUAUCACUCACAGCGCUCCUGUAGGGAGGGAGGCCAGCGGCCGCAGUCCAACUACUACGAGUACGAGAGCGCGCCGCCCAGGAGACCUGGAAAGCUUUCACACUAUCACUGA